GCUGAGGAUGGAGCAGGAGGGAGAAGCGCAGCGGCCAGUCUCUCACAUCGCGGUCAGACACCUCUGAAAUAUCCCCUCCUAUAUUUCUUUUACGGAGACCUCUGUUUAAUCUACACCCAGACGUAUUUUCCCUUUCUUUUUUUUUUCUCCAUUCAUUUCACCGCUGACAUCUUCACCCAUCUUUCUGUCACACACCGGCUUCGACUGACUGUCAGCGUGGGGGAAAAAAGCAAACACAAUCACGCUGAGAAUCAGUCAGGGGGAAAAAAAGACAUAUUUCCGGGAGGUUUCAGUCUCUCACGUCUUGUGCGGGGCUGCCCUGCCACUGCUUCGGCCGAUAUGGAUGAAGACAAUCACGUUCCUGAGGAUCUGUCCCUGGAGGAGAGGGAUGAGCUGUCAAACAUCCGACGCAGGAAGAGAGAGCUGCUCGAUGAUAUUGAGAGGUUGAAAUUUGAGAUAGCUGAAGUCAUGACGGAGAUUGAGCAGCUGACGUGUGUUGGAGAGAGUAAAACAUCCCAGAGAAACAAACAGAUCGCCAUGGGCAGGAAGAAAUUCAACAUGGACCCGAAGAAGGGGAUCCAGUUCCUGCUGGAGAACGACCUCCUCCAACACACCCCCGAAGACAUCGCUCAGUUCCUCUACAAAGGCGAGGGCCUCAACAAGACCGUCAUCGGAGACUACUUAGGCGAGCGGGAUGACUUCAACAUCAAGGUGCUGCAGGCUUUUGUGGAGCUGCAUGAGUUUGCAGACCUCAACCUCGUCCAAGCUCUACGGCAAUUCCUGUGGAGUUUCCGCUUGCCUGGGGAAGCUCAGAAGAUUGACCGUAUGAUGGAGGCGUUUGCCUCGCGGUACUGCCAGUGCAACCCUGGAGUCUUCCAGUCGACAGAUACCUGCUACGUGCUGUCAUUUGCCAUCAUCAUGCUGAACACCAGCCUACACAACCCCAACGUCAGAGACAAGCCCCCUGUGGAGCGCUUUAUCUCCAUGAACAGAGGCAUCAAUGAAGGAGGAGAUCUGCCAGAGGAACUGCUCAGGAACCUCUACGACAGCAUCAAAAACGAGCCUUUCAAAAUCCCAGAGGACGAUGGCAAUGAUCUGACGCACACGUUCUUCAACCCUGACAGAGAAGGCUGGCUCCUAAAGCUCGGCGGCAGGGUGAAGACGUGGAAGAGACGGUGGUUCAUUCUGACCGACAACUGCCUCUAUUACUUUGAGUACACAACGGAUAAAGAGCCUCGCGGGAUUAUUCCUCUGGAGAACCUCAGUAUCAGAGAGGUGGACGAGCCCAGGAAACCUAACUGCUUCGAGCUCUACAACCCCAACCACAAAGGUCAGGUGAUCAAGGCCUGCAAGACGGAGGCGGACGGGCGAGUCGUUGAGGGCAACCAUGUAGUGUACAGGAUAUCGGCUCCCACGCCGGAGGAGAAGGAGGAGUGGAUCAAAUCCAUCAAGGCGAGCAUCAGCAGGGAUCCUUUCUACGACAUGCUGGCCACCAGGAAGAGGAGGAUAGCCAACAAGAAAUGAGGACCGUCCACUCUAUGACCACAGCUGCAUCGCUAGCAGAGUCCCUGUGUGUGUGUGUGUGUGUGUUACAGGGGUCGUUAAGGCCUCCCUUGGUCCUUUCAGGGCUGCAGGACAAGCAGCAGACACAGAUGGGUGACAGGUGUUUUUUUUUCCACCUGAAGAUUGUCUGCGACACAAUUCUUGGUUUAUGUGAAGGUUUUUAUUUUACCCAGCACAGACUUUAUGGAGAUGAGGGAAGUCUUCACCAAGUUGGUUGAUAAAUGGACAAAAAGACGAGGAUCAAGAACAGCUAUGAGGAAACCUGUAACAAGACUGCCCUCUGCUGGACACACCAGGAGAGCAAUUACUUUGCUGCAUGUGCAGUGGGAGGAUUUGAAACCUGAAUAUCCAUCCUCAUAAUAUGACAUUCCCAUCAUCCAGACUGGCUCGCCUGGUUGACUCUAAAUCACCUGUUUUAUUAUCUUCACCUCACAUGUCCUUGGACAACUGCCAACACCAAUGAUGUUUUGUAGUGUCCUCGAACUACAGAAAGCCUCAAGCUUAUAAAUCAGCUGGUCUGAUUGUUAGUCCUCAAGUGACUGUAUCUGUAUAUGCAAACACUGAUUAAUUCAAGAAAAUUUAAAUUUAGGCUAUUUUAAUUUUACAGUAAGCUCCCUUAUCUUUUAUUUGACUGAAGGUAAAAAAAAAAAGAAAAAGACGCAGGUUGAAUAAUACUGAACAUAAUUUGAGUGUAAUGACCCUUUUAAGUGUUUUCAAACUGUCAUUUCAUGUAUUGAAGAUCCACCUCUGUGAUCAGGUUCAUUUCUUUUGUAUUUAUUUUUCUGAAUUUGUUUAACAAAAAGGGGGCAGCCCCCCCCCAAGUUACAUUAUGCAUGUAUAGUAUAUAAUGUACAUACCUUUUUUUUUUUCUCCGUUGUGUUUAUGUAGCAUGUAAAUCAUAACGGCCGUAGCCUAUACCCGUUCACCUUUUUAGUUCAACAGCUAACAGUUUACAAUAGUGGGAGGGGGACUUUGUGCAGCUCUCUUUGCAGAGCAGUGAAACCUCCUCACACUGUGUUUAUUACUGAAGUUCAGAUAAUACAUGAUGUUAUAUGAAAGAAAAACUCACUAUGGACAUAAGCGGGUUGAAAAUACCCGCGAAUACUGUGUGUGGGUGCUGACUGGAAUCUGAGGACCAUGUUUCCCAAACAGAUCAAGCCAAAAUCACAGCCUGAUUUUUUAAAAUUUGUUUCAUUUGCUGAUGGAGUUUAGAGUUUUUAAAAUGUGGCUUGAUGUGAAUUUGGGAAAAACUGCUCCUGAAUACUUGGAAUAAAAAUACAUGCUGAUCAGAAAACACGUUUUUGUGUGCAUGUGAGUUCAGUGAGAAGAGCUCGACUCGCUAAACUUAUCAGGUCUUUGGUUAUUUCCUCAAACAUGGAAACAGUGUUGUGAUUAAAACAGAGCCACCUUGUUGACUUCGAUGGCUAGAAAAGUGAGUGUAUUUAACAAAACCUGAAUACAUAAGAGUGAUGUCAGUUUCUCCACUAAAUGUAUCUACAGCAUAAUUUUAAGAGGCUUGAGUACAAUCGGUCUAUACCUAGUGUAUAAUACAAAGGCAGACGGGAGCAUUUUUUUCCAAAAAUCCCUGGCAACUCGUCAGUCAUCUCAAUCAGCAGUUUUCAUUCAUUUCACCGCAGCUUGUAAACAAAGUCAAAGACCAGGAACAGAUUACAAUUUCUGACAUUAACAAAUGUAUUUUAAGGCUUUUACCUUAUACAAUGUAUAAAUUCUGACAUGCUAAAGAUAUAACAGCAGUUUUUCAACCUCUGUCUAAAGUUGAAACAUAAACAAAAACAAAACAAAAAGCAAACCAUACCCACUGAAAAUAUGGUCAAAAUUAAGAGAAGUUUCUCUAAAAACAAACAAAACAUCUACUGGUAACCCUGAUACAGGAUCGUUUACGUAUAAAAAUAACUGAUAGUACAGUUCAAAAUUAAAUUCACAGUAUUUUUUAUGACGCUAGAAGACACAAACUGUAUUUUUUUUAAUCAUUAAAAAGCAAACACAAAUGGUCCACAGCCAUGAUGACAAAUUUUUGAUGCUUUUUGUUUUUUUUUUGUUUUUUUUAAACGUUUUAAAAAGAAAUAGAGAAUGUGUAAGCGAGGAGGGAGAGGCAUGAUCCAGGGUUAAAAAAACCUCCGCUUCUGUGAAAAAGUUUAAAAAUUACAGAGAGUGAAUCUUAGGCUUCAGAGCAAAAUGGAAACAAACAUACAGAAAGGAAAAAAAAAAAAGCUGGGAAAUGUCCUCAAGUCUGUCCAGGGUUAACGUGGAGGUAUCAGUCAGCCAAGCCUUGUUCCCACCACUGCACUAGUCUGUCUCAUUCAUGAAUAACUCCCUCUGUUAGGAUGUCCGCUCCCAGUGAGAUCAAAGAAAAAACUCAAAAACGUUGCACCUCUGUAGAUAUGGUGACAUCUUAAAACUUGCAGCCGACAUGAUGCCUUGCAGUUCUUUCUCUUAGGCAACACGUUUCCCUUUUGUCUCGUUCCAAUUUGAAGCAGGUGGUUAUCCAUGAUGGAUGUUAACAAGUUUUCAAGUCCUGAGUUCCACUGAGCAGCAGUUGAGAUGUUUAAGCUCCAGGCUUUGUUUCUGUUCAUACAAGUAUAUAUUACUAUUUUUCAUCAUAAAUGUUCAACAGGGUUUUUUUUUUUUUUUUAAACCAUAGUCGGGA